ACAUUCGCAGGAGCAAGCUUGAAGUGAGCGGUUCGCAUUCCGAGGAGCUGUGAAUCAGGAGCAGAAAAAGGAUAACCAGACACGGCUGAAAAUAGUGAAAACGAAAGCGGAAGAAGGCUGAACCUAAGGCCACGCUGUGGGGCUUGGAAAAAGUAACCAGGAGCAUAUAAUCACCUCCUAUUUGAAAACGAAUUUAAGGUCGAACAGGACCUGACACAGUGACAGACGACCGCUGACCCGGACUCUGAAAAAUCGAUUAUCUGUGUGUGUGCACAACACAGGCCGCGAGUGCGAGUGCAGUUCAGCGUCUUGAAGAGAGCCAGCACCACCCUCCGCCCGCUUACGAAGGUCAGCCCCAUCUGAUUGCCUUUCCAGAGCGGUCAGUUGCCAAAAGCCACAACAACGGAGCCGUUAACAAACAAUCGCCGCAGCAGCGAGGAAGGAACGAGGCUUAGAGGCGGAACGCAAACGCCGCCGAACAAAAGGAAGACAACGCCGCACCGGUAGAAUGGCCUACCUAAUCAACAUCCUCAAGUUCAAUGUGAAGUACUUAAAAAAUCAAUAACUGGACACCAGCACCGACCGAGCAACCAGCCAAACAUCCAUAUAUUCCGCAACAGGAGCAGUCGCAUUCCAACUGAAACACAGCGGGGAAUCCCCCACCAAGCGCUAGCUCUCUCUUUCUCUCGGUCGCCCUGUCUUGCUUGCUCCUCUCUUGGUUUUUGGUUAUCGGUUUUGUCGCCACCGCUCCGCUGCGCCUUAAUCUGCGCCACCCGGAAGCUUGGACAUUUGGACAAUGGAAAUGGAAAAGUCUGGCAAAUUUUCAGAUUACCUCUUCGCCAAAAUGGGUCCCCCCACCUCAACUGAGCUGCCUCCGAAGACCACGGAAUGCAGCGAUGCCCCCGUGGAGUUGACCGGUUACCGCAGGUGGCUCUCCGAGAAUCUAAUGCUCCUGGUCACCCUUUCCGGAGUUCUCCUUGGUGUAAUACUAGGACUCUCCUUACGGCCGCUUAAUUUACAUGGGGACUCCAUCAUGCUGAUUUCCUAUCCUGGCGAACUGUUUAUGCGCGUACUCAAGCUGAUGAUUUUGCCGCUAGUUAUAUCGAGCCUUAUUGCCGGAUCGGCCAGCCUUAACGCCAAAAUGAACGGCAAGAUAGCGCUGCGCACGUUGGUUUACUUUGCCAGCACUUCGUUCUUUAACGCUGCACUGGGAAUCGCUCUCGUUCUGCUCAUCCAUCCUGGAAAUCCGGAUCUGCACAAUGCGGACGAUCGAUCUACAGAUCGGCGGGCAGUUAACCUUCUAGAUAGUCUUUUGGAUUUGGGCAGGAACGUAUUCCCGGACAACCUGUUUCAGGCCUCCAUUCAGCAGGCGCACACCGUCUACUUGCCCAAGCCGAGUAUCCUGCACGUCUUCAACGAAACGAUGAAUGACACCUUGGCAUCCGGAUCGGAGGCCCAACGCUUGUCUGAAGACCUUACGGAGGAUGUGGUGCUGGUGAGGGACAUCCAGUACCGCAGUGGAACCAACACCCUGGGCAUCGUCUUCUUCUGCCUGGUGUUUGGUACUUUUUUGGGAACCAUCGGCCAGAAGGGUCAGGUCGUGGUUGACUUCUUUGCCGCCAUUUUUGAGGUGAUCAUGAAGAUGGUCACCUGCGUGAUGUGGCUGACACCCGUGGGCAUUAGUUCUGUGAUCGCUGGGAAGAUACUGAGCGUGGGCGAUUUGGGCCUGGUGAUGUCGCAACUCAUGUGGUUCAUCGUCACGGUGGCCAUCGGCGUCUUUAUCUACCAGUUUGUGGUGAUGCAGGCCAUAUAUUUCGUCGUCGUGCGUCGAAAUCCGUUCAAGUUCUACGCCGGACUCAUCCAGGCCAUGCUUACCGCCUUCGCCACGGCCUCAACCGCCGCUGCCCUGCCCAUUACAUUCCGCUGCAUGAACGAGAAACUCAAGGUGGAUCCGCGGAUCACGCGAUUUGUCCUUCCAAUCGGAUGCAACAUCAACAUGGACGGAACGGCCCUAUAUAUCGCAGUGGCAUCGAUAUUCAUUGCCCAGAUGAGCGGCAUGGUUCUGGGAUUUGGAGAGCUCCUUACGGUCCUUCUGACCUCCACGGCUGCCUCCAUGAGCUCGGCCAGCGUUCCGAGUGCUGCCCUGGUACUCCUUCUCGUGGUGCUGACCGCCAUUGAUGCGCCUGUUCAGGAUGUCACGCUGCUCUUCGCCGUGGACUGGUUUGUGGAUCGGAUUCGCACCACCAAUAAUAUGCUGGGUGACUGCUACACUGCUGCCGUAGUCGAGGAGUUGUCGCGAAAGGAGUUGAUGGCUUUGGAUGCCGCUUCCGUUAACUAUCAGGACAUGCCCGCUGGCACCCCCAAUGGACAUGGACAUGGACAUGGACACCACGAUGGAGGACUUCUCGAGGGGCAGACCGAGUUGGAGACGAGCAGCAAGUGCGUUAUGACAAUGACGGACUCGGUGGUGGUGGACAUUAGUGCGGUGAUGAAUAACGUGAACCUGCAGCAGGAGCAUUGUAACCGCAGGGUCUAGGAUGUUUUGAACAGCCCAGAUUCGAUUUUAGUUCGUCAGCAUCAGCUCUAUAGUCCCAGUAGCGCCACCACCACAAUUACAACACAUAUGAUAUUCACCACCAAUAGACCGCAGUGUUCCCCAACAAACAAAUUUUUGAUAUAGGAUCUUUAAACAACAAAUGAUCGGAUAUAUAUCGAGAGACUGUCUGACGAACCCACCCGCAUUGAAUUUACUCCUCUUUUGGACCAGUGUCGAUAGCAAUUAAUUAGCCUGAACACUUAAAGGACUCCGCAUACGUAAAUAUGGAAUAUUCAUCUUGUAGGACUCGCAUAAGAAUAUUAUAUGCCACAUGUAAGCAAAGGACGAAAAAACGCUGAGCGCGGGAUUUUUUGGGAUCCAUCCUGGGAACUAUGUGCAUAAUCUAUGGGUAUUAUUUUGUAAGCUCGAUUGUGAUGGGGUCACCAAGCUGAUUUGUUUUAUAAUGUUGUUUAUUUAUACGUUAUAUAUGUGUUGUUUGGGAAUAUUAUGAGAGAUCAAUGUUUAAGUUGAUUGAGGAGGGAUUGAAAGGUAGAAUCGCAGGUUGUACAAGAAGCUGGCCUAGAUUUAGUUUUAGUUGACCUCCUAUUUUCCCGAAACUCACGUUUGGUUAUACGCCCCUGAUAAACAAUUAACAACUAAUGGCUAUGGAAUAUCACUUACCAAUUACUCAUUUUCAGUUACUGAUACCAAAUAUCACACAUGCAUUCGUAGACUGAUAGCAGACUUAGUAGCGAUAACUAAUAUGUAUCUGCAUAUAUGCAAUACUUACUAACCAAUAUCCGACAUUCGAUUUGUACGCGGACGCAUACGCUGAAUACAAUAAAGUUAUUAUAUACCACCU